CAGGGGCGGACUGACCAUUUGGAAACUCGGGCACUGCCCUAGGGCCCGGGGUCAGUAGGGGGCCCCAUGAGAUGCCCCUGGUACCUUUUUCAUAGGCUUUUUUGGGUUUGGGCAAGGACACAGGGGCCCUAUGAUCCCCUAUUGCCCGGGGGCCCCAUGAGUUGUCAGUCCGCCCCUGUUGGUCAGAACCUGCUGUCUAAGUCCUGUUGUGUUCAAUCACAACAGAGCCGGGUAGGGGGCCCCAUGAGAUGCCCCUGGUACUUUUUUCAUAGGCUUUUUUGAGUUUGGGCAAGGACACAGGGGCCCCAUGAUCCCCUAUUGCCCGGGGGCCCCAU